CUCGCUAAAAUUCUGAGUUGUCGUUCCUGAAGUUCGUCUCUUGGGUAAACAAACUGGGAGACAUACUCUUAUUUUACAAUGCAUUGUCAACCUUCUUAGACGAAAAUGUCAGGAAGACUGAACAAAAUGAUGGAGAGGCAGUCCUCUUUUGGAGUGGUUCCCAGUUCCAAAUCUUUGGUAUCAAAGUCCAGUGUGAACCAAAAAGGAAAAUCUAAAUCACUCCACAUUAUCUCAGCAAGAGAAAAUGAAACCAGUAAAAGAGAUCCUGGUUUAAGUAAGCAAGAUGAAAACUACAGCAAGGAAAUUUUGGCCAAAUUUGACAAACUGCUGGCUGGAAAUACAGACAACCUUCCCCAUCUGCCCAGGUCUGUGGUUAGGAUAUUCAUCAGCUCCACUUUCUCCGAUAUGAGAGCGGAAAGAAAUAUCCUGUCACGUGAAGUUUUCCCCAAGCUGAAGGAGCUUUGUUUGUCAAAGGAUCUAGAUUUUCAGGUGGUGGAUAUGAGGUGGGGUGUAACAGAGGACUCCCAGAAUGACCAUAGUGUGGAAAGGAUAUGUCUACAGGAAGUGGAGAACUGCCAACAGAUGUCACUUGGACCAAACUUUGUGGCUAUUAUUGGUGAUAGAUAUGGUUUUCGCCCUGUACCAAUAGAAAUCAGUGAGAAGGUGUUUGAGACCCUGAAAGAAUUUGCGCAGCGAAUCACCACGAAACCACAUGCAAUCAAACUUAUGGAAACUUGGUACAAGUUGGAUGAGAAUUGUCUUCCUUCAAAGUAUAUUCUUCAGCCAAUCAGAUCCCAGUUCUCAUUCUUUGGAGACUACUCUCCUGGAUGUGAUGAACCAAGAGCAAAGCAUACCCAGGAGUGGGAGAACACAUUUGCAGAUUUACGAGACAUUCUCAAAAUGGCAGCAUUGUUUGCUCAUGGUGCAAAAAAGUUUACAGAUGAACAACUUACUGAAUUCAAUAUAUCAGUUACAGAGAUGGAGAUAAAGAAAGGAAUUUUGGAAGUAAAAUGUCCAGACAAGUCUGUUGCAGUGUUUCAUAGGGAAAUUCAGGGGUUCACAAACUAUGAUGAUAGAAUGACAAAACGACAUAUUGAUACCUCUGUAGAAAAUGGAAUGGCAGUUCCUGAUAAAGAAGUGAAAUACUUACAAGGAAAACUGGAAGAAAAGUUGAAGCAAAAGGUUGACCAAAAGUACAUUCAUGAAUACAGUAUUAAUUGGCUGCCAAAUGGCAUAGACCCAGCAGCUUCUGAAGACCAUCAAUCCUAUCUGGAUAAAUUUUGUGAGGACUUUUACACAGAUCUAAAAAACAUGAUAGAGGAUGCAGAUGAUGAUAGGGAUCUGAGGCGCAAAGUUUUUACAAAGACAGGGUUUUAUAGUGAUUAUUCAGAAAUUCUGCAUCAUUUGCAUUUCUGUGACUUAAAAUGCAGAACAUUUUGCGGACAGGAAAACAUUUUAGACAGUGUUAAAGCCUAUAUUUUGGACACUUCAGCCAGAAAGCCAUUUGUCAUUUAUGCUCCAUCAGGUCAUGGAAAGACUUCAGUUAUGGCUAUGAUCAUGCAGAGUCUGCCUGACUGGUUCAAGCAGAAGCCACAUGUCAGAAUUAUCCGAUUCUUAGGAACUUCCGCUCUUACCUUAAACAUUUAUGAUGUGUUGCGCAGUGUGUGUGGACAAGUUGCUGAUGUUGCAGAUCUGAUCAUGGAACCAGUUGGGUACAGAAAUAUGAAAAAUAUUCAAGAAUAUAUACCCAGGUUUUUUAGGAGGGUAUCAACUUCCCUGAAGAAGCCUGUUGUUAUUCUUCUAGAUUCACUAGACCAGUUGUCAUCUACACACAAUGCCUAUGAUCUGCAGUGGUUACCAACCACACUGCCUCAAAAUUUCAAACUUGUUGUGUCCACUCUUCCAAGAGAGCAUGGAAUUUUGGACAACCUGAAAGCGAUGCUACCUGAUGAGAACUGUUAUGUAGAGAUCCCAAGCCUUCCACGAGAAACUGGUGUUGCAAUCAUUAACAAAUAUUUGCUGAAACAUAAAAGAAAAGUCACAGAAUACCAAGAGAAGCUCUUGAUGAGUGCCUUUAGCAGAUGUCCUGGUCCAUUGUUUUUGAAAAUCAUAUUAGAUGAAGCAUUGAAAUGGAGAUCUUACACAUUACGUCAUGAGUUAGAUUUGCAGCGAAAUGUACAAGGAGCCAUUAAUAAACUCUUCGAUAAUUUGGAAAUAAAAUUUGGAAAGACCAUAACUAGUCAUGCUUUGGGUUAUAUCACCAUAGCAAGAGAUGGUAUAUCUGAGAAUGAGUUGGAGGAUGUUUUGUCCUGUGAUGAUGAAGCACUAGAUGAUGUAUAUCGUUACCACAAUCCACCAGUUGAUGGCAUUGUUCGAAUACCCCCUGUCCUGGCAGCAAGGAUUAGGUUUGACAUCAAAGACUACAUUGUGGAAAGGAUAUCUCAUGAUAAGUAUACCAUGAAUUGGUACCACAGACAAUUCAUUGAAACAGCUAGAAAUAGAUAUGCUACUGGAUCCCUCGGAGAAAAGCUUCACCGUAAUCUUGUGGAGAUUUUCAUGUCAGAGAAUGGAGUGAAAAGGGACAUCACUCUCUCCAGAAGAAAGCUGACUGUCAGUAAUGCAGACAGGCAAAUUACCCCUCAGCCUGUCACAUGUAAGAACAAGAGAAUGUUAAGUUGUCUCCCAUACCACAUCAUUCAUGCUGGAAAAGCACUGUCUGAGGAAGUUGCAAAAGAAAAUUACUUUUGUAACUUCAAGUGCUUAUGCAGUAAAUUGUCAGCCUUUGGUGUUGAAACCAUGGUAGAUGAAUUGUAUGAGUAUCUCGAGAACCAAGAGGAUGAAGAAAUCAAGAAGCUUAGAAAUUUUGUGUCCUUAACAAAAGGAGACUUGUCCAGACCUAGUAGACUAGCUGCUAACAUUCUAGCAUUUAUUAAUGUUGAUGCUGAUGAACCCUUUUUGAAAAUGCUUAAAGAGCAAGCUAUCAAUUGUUUAGAAAAUCUUGACACCCCUGGAUUGAUUCCACAAUACCCUGGCUUGGCUCCCAGGAAAGAUCUCACUUCAUCCCUCAUUCAUUCCUACAAUGGAAUAGCUGAAAUAGUAUGUAACUGUGCAGACUCUGUUUUGGUCAAAACUUAUCAAAAAGGAAAUGAGGAAAAUGAGUUUCCAUAUGAACUCUUCCUUACUGGCACCCAAGACCUCCAGCAAGUAAGCAUUCCAGAUAUCAAAGAGAGAGAGCAUUAUCCACUCAUGGAUAAAGCUGGUAAAAAUGUCAUCUACACUUCAGUUGAUUCCAUUACACUUCUUCAUCUAGUAACUGGGAAUAGAGUCACCAAAAUGUUCAAAGACAUUACUGAUGAUCCAUCUAAAAACCAGAUGGUGUGCAAGGAAUUAAGCACUGACACUAGUCAUUUAGCAGUUUUAAUGGAUGAUGGAGAUAUAGUUUUACUGAAUACGGACAGUUUAAUGCAGGUAGACAGAUGGAGUUUAAAAGACGAGGUGGAAGAUGUAAUGGGAGUUCUUUGCACAAAGAGUGACAAUCUUCAGGUUCUUGUGUCAGUCAAUACUGAGACUGGUGGAGCUCCAAGAAGUGAACUCCAACUGUAUAAACCUGGGGAUUUGGAACCAAAACGAUUUCUGUUCAAUUACCCAUUGAGCAAAGGUCUACAGGGACUAUCAUUCAAGGAAUCGUUCUUUACUGCUGUGGCAGUGGAUGGAGGUUCAACCAAAAUGUUGACUGUUGACAUCAAUCAAGCAGAGGAAAUGGCCCCAAUCACACUAGAAGAUUCAAUAAAGCAUAUAGUCUUCUCAAAAUCUAAGCCAAUUGCAUGUGCAUUGACCAGUUCUGAAAAAGUUGUUGUUUUGAAUUUACAGGAAAGUGAGGUUUUGUUUGAUGUGUCACCAGACAAACCAGUUUCUUACUUUGGAAUCAGCGGAACAUACAACUGUUUAUUGGUUGGGGAUGAGGUAGGAAGUAUCCAUCUUUACAAUGCAAAGACAGGACUCUUCUCCGGGGGCUUUCCUGCUCAUUCAGGACCAGUGGAGAAAAUGCAAGUAUUGGAUGAUUAUUUGGUUUCUCAUGGACAGAAUGAAAUGAAGGUUUGGUCUCUUACAGAAAUCCUUGCAGAUUUUAGAGAUGCACAAAAGAAAAAUUUGGGGACAGCUUUCCAAGGUCUUUUAGCAUUAAAAACAGCCACCUGUUUUGAUCUACAUCCAAAUAGCUUAGAAUUGGUUACAGCAUCUAAAGAUCAAAUGUUAAAAGUUUGGUUGGUGAAUGGAGCAAAGUUUUUGAGAGAGUUUGAUAUUGGAAUGGAAGCAAAAAAGAUGGUUGUCUGUCCAGAUGAUAAGUGUUGUCUUGUGGACACUAAGGGAGAGUUGAAAGUGAUGUAUUUGCUCUCUGGCAUAGAUGUAGAAAUGGAUUUACCAAGCCAUGUACUAGACUUUGUAAUUGGAAAAGAUGGUGUUACUCUUUACACCAUUGGAUUGAAACAAAAAAUGUUGAUGGUCAGUGUAUUGGAUAUAAAACAGGGGAAAACAAAAAAAACUUUUCCCUUGAAGGGAUCCUUAAAAUUCGAAACUCUGGAUUUGUGUUUGAGUGCUAGUGAAAGGUAUCUAUGUAUCAGAUGCAAAAUUCUUCCAGCAGAAUACAAAGAAAUUGAGGCUUCAUGGAAGAAGAAAGGUUCCUUCCUUGCCCAAGUUCAUCCAUAUAAGUUUGUAGCUGUGGACUUGCAGCAGGCUACUGGAGGGUUAAUGCCAUGUAUGAGAGAGCUGAGUACUAUCCCACACCUUGGUGAAGAAAUCCGUGCAUACAAGGGAAACAUUAUGUUGGCAACCACAAGAAGAUGGGUUGUAUUCUGGGAUAUACCCACAGGCAAAUGUGAUCAAAAAGUUUGCAAGAACAAGAAUUAUAGCAUGAUGUACAGACCAUGCUGGUUUGAUGAACCCGAUGCUGUGAAGGGAACAAGUAAAGCUAUGGAAAUUAGUAAAAAUGGCAGCUUGCUGGCUGUAGGAUCAGAGGAUGGCUACUUGUUCAUAUAUCACACAGAUUCGGGCUACCCGGCUGGACAGAAAGCUCCUGCAACCAAACACUCUGCCUCAGUGAUCAAAGUUGCCAUAUCUGGGAACAGUAAGUGGGUGGUAUCUGCUUGCCAGAACAAUACGAUCAAGCUGUGGGACACAUCGUCAGGGAAGGAAGUCUUCACUAUGCGGGUAGAUGCAGAGGUCCAGCACAUGAAAUUCACCCCUAACUCCAAAUAUGUGGUCAUCCUCACAGGGACAAACCACACACGGGUACUGAUAUACAGAAUCCAUACAGGAAGCAGUUAAAUAUUACCAUGCUUGCUUUGGAAAAGUCCUAUAGUUUUUCCUUUGCAGUGCACGUAUUUUAAGUUUAAAAAAAAAUUCAAACUGUAUCUGUCUACCAUACUUUGUAUCUUUGCUUCAGUAUUUAGAUAAGUAAUUGCAUAUAUUAAUAUCUUGAAGAUGUAUGAUUAGUCAUAAAUAAUAAUUUUGCAAGUUCAUUAUAUAUUGACCACCAAGCAGUAUUUGCACUCAGGGCAAAUUACAGGAAUACAAUUUUCGACAGAAGUAAUGUCUUUUGCCUCAUGCUGAGCGUAUUUUUAUAUUCCUGUACAAGCUUUCUGGGAUGUUUUUAUGCUUUGUAUUGAAGGAGUAUGUUUUCCUCCUGUUUAUCACUCCUGUCCUUCUGUCUUUAUUUCUAUUCAUUUUAACAAUUGAAACAAAGUUACAAAUGAGUGAAGGAUUCGACUGUGUCAUUAUUUUCUGAUAUUGGCCAUUUUCUGUAAACUAAACAACUUUGACCUAGACUAACUGUAUGGGCCAAUUUUUUUAUUCCCCGUUUUCAAGUUAACAUUAAAUAAAACGUUUGCUAUGAUACAAAUUAUGUAGAAAUAAUUUCUUAAGUCGUUAUUUUUUAUUGUUAACAGAAACAUAUGCAAAGAUACAUGUUGUUUACAUGUGGUACAAUUAGACGGGGCUUUCAUUUUUAAUGGACAUAUUUCUAUUUGUUGUAUACUGUCAAUAUUUUCUGUAAUUUUAUUUAUUUAUUUAUUUAUUCAUUGCAAUACUAAUAUUGUUAGUGUUAUUAUUAUAUUAAUAACUCAAAGUUCGAGAUUUACACUAUUGAACAAAUUAUAAAAUACCAAGGUUCCUUUGAAUAGAACUACUCAUUUACCCGUUUGGUUAUUCAGUUAUCCUAUUGCGACCAUAUGUGAUUAACCAACAAAUGUUACAUGCAUUGUAUUAUAGUACAAAAUAUUUUCCUAUCAUCGAUUGCCCGAGACAAUUUAUGGCAAGGUGUUUGUGUCCAUGCUCAUUUUACGGAGCAUUGGAUGAAAAGACGCCAAAGAAAGAUAAAAAAGUUUAGUGUUUUGAACAAUAGGUGUAACCAUCAAGGAUAUGUGAUUGGUGAUCUAUAUAAGUAACAAAACCACCUGACGUUAUAGAUUUUUCUCAUAAUAAACGACUAUGCUCCCUACGUAUUAUAAAAGUGUUUUAUUAGAUAGGGGGGUAUACUUUUAUUAUGAGGAAAUAGCUUGUGAAAACAGCUAACGACGACAAAAAACUUAAAAAUAAGAAUUAUCUUCUGUAAAAUUGUUUAUUUGUAUAAUCCUAAACUAAUGGUUGGUCUUUUACUAGAUCUUUUGUAUAAUGAUGUAUUGUUUGCAGGAUUGAAUCUAUCUUACCAACACACCUCUUGACAUGAAUUUAUUCACACAUAAUUAAUUUAAAUUAAUUACUUGCGUUUUCAACUUCAGGUACAUUUGCACAUUGUGGAUUGAUCUGUUAUUUUCUUCCUCUGUUUUAACAGUUUGUUAUGUCUUGAUUAAGUCAGGAGAUUUUUUGGGGGUUUUUUCUUAUUAAAUAUAUUUGUUUUCAUAUUA